AUGGUGCCGCUGUCUUCCUUUCUGCUAGUCGCUUUGGCCAGCGCCAGAUGCUUCGAACCUACCAUCGCGCAUCCGCCGCCUUGGUACAAUGUUGGCGAUCCUCUGCUCCAAGACGCGUUCGAGUCCAUCAACAGGGCGCUCACGGCGGCUGUCGCAGCGCCGGAGUUCGACCGAUCCUCCUUCUCUGUAGAGAUAACCUCGUCGAAAGACACGCUAUGGUCGCAACACCAUACGGCGCGCGAACGUAAUGCCUCACGCCCAGAUAUCCCUGAAGUCAACGGCGACGCGCUGUACCGCAUCGCUAGCAUCACCAAGACCUUCACCGUACUCGGGGUACUGUACCAGCAUGCAGCAGGCAACUUGAGCUUGGAUGCUACCGUGGAUACAUACCUCAGGGAGUUAGGAGACAAGUCGAACGGCGGCAUUCCAUGGAAAGACAUUACAUUGCGCAGUCUGGCUAGCCAGCUGAGCGGCAUUCCCCGUGAAUGUAAGCUGCCUUCUGGGAAGAAGCAGAAUCUGUUCGAAGUGUGCCAGACAGAAGAAGGGGCUCAAGGUGAUCUGAUCAACAACUACUACGAUGAGUUGGAUCCAAGCUCCCUGGGUCUACCUCCUGAUGUGUCACGGGAAGGGUUGCCAAACUGUGACGAGUACUCACCAAAUUAUGAGACACCCUGCACAGCCAAAGAUAUGUUUCGACAACUCAAGAAGUUCGCACCGUUAUUCGCGCCAAACCAAGAAUCGUCAUAUUCCAAUGUCGCUUUCGAACUCCUUGGUCUCGUCCUCUCGCGGGUGACAAACCAGACCUACGAGACCUACAUCGAUGAAGCCAUCUUCACGCCCUUAAACAUGUCUACCAGCACUCUCUCCAAGCCUGCCGAUUCUGCUGGUGUCAUUCCGGCGGGUCCACAAUUCUGGGACGUGGACGAGGGUAUUCAAAAUCCUACCGGUGGCAUCUACAGUUCGUCGAGCGACCUGUCCAAAUACCUCCGCUACGUCCUAACCCACUACAACGCCAUCACCCACGCGAUAAACUGGCUGCAUCCCGUCUCUUCGUCCCGCGGAUUGAACUCCUUUUAUGGCAUGCCGUGGGAGAUCUACCAAACAGACCGCAUACUUGAGCAGUCGAAACGCACAGUACGCUUUGUCACUAAGAGUGGAGGGUUGCCAGGCUAUACCUCCAUCAUCAUAACAGUGCCAGAGUACGAGUUAGGUAUUACCAUUCUGGUCGCGGGCCCCAACGCGAUCUUGUUAAAGAUCAUGGACAUUGUUCCCGUUAAAAUAGUGCAAACAGCCGAAAGGCUUGCCAUACAGCAAAUGCGCAACCGCUAUGCGGGCACCUAUAGCGCCUCAGAACCGGGAUUGAACUCUACAGUGAUACUGGAAGCUGACUACCGCGGUCUCGUUGUCACAACCUUUGUUUCUAACGGGACGGUUGUCUUCGAAGCACCGAUCACGAAAGGCAUGACGACUCCGCCCCGCUAUGCGCAGCUUAGCCCAACGCUUCUCUAUCGCAACGAGAAAGAACAGCAAGGAGAAGAGUGGCGUGCAAUGAUCUUCGAGGAGCGCGCGGAAGGGCUGGGCUCUAUUUGGGACGACUUCUGUAUGGAGAACUGGGACACGUCUAGUUAUGCCGGCAUACCUUUGAACACAGCGGUGUUCUGGGAUGAGCAGAAAAAUGAUCAUUUUGAAACGCUAGAGCUACCGGCUUUCCGCGUGAAUCUCACAAGAGUGGACCAGAAGAGGGGAUCGAAUAGGAAGUAUGGUCAACAAGAAACGAUGGAGCUCUAA